AUGCCAAAUAAAAAUGCGAAGCAGCUCGUGAAGGAUUUGCAGGCCUUUAAGGGGGCCAUAGAGAGUGCCCAUCGGUUGCUCACCUGGGAGAAAAAUUACUAUCCCGGGCUGCUGUUUGUCGGCAUAAGUCUCAUCUAUGCCACGUUUUGGUACUUGGACCUGUCGGUCAUCACGAUGUUGUUUCUAUUGGUAUUCGCGGUAAAUAUGCUCAACCAUUUGUUACCAACAAUUUCACGCUGGCUGGGAAAUGCCCUCGACUGGGAUGAGCUGCACGACGUGAGAUUUGAACAUGUUUGCGAACAGAUCUACAGCUUCAAGGAGUACUGGUCCGCAUGGGUCCAGUAUCUGUCCAAGGAUCGCACGUCGGCAGGACUCGUGACUAUGAUCAGUCUUAUCCUGCUGGCCUUUGCCUGGAUCGGCGCCAACGUUGACAAUUGUCUGCUUAUGUACUUGGCCACUUUGCUCAUUGCCAUUUGGGCUGGCCUGAAGUACAAUCUGAACGACGGCGGCUACAAAUCGAAACUAAAAACCCUCUAA